UUCUCCAGAGCUAAAGCCCCGUUCGUAAGGCCGUAACCAUAAGCUUCUCUGGAAUAUUGGGUUCUGCCAUCCUCAAAUCUGUCUCCCUCCGCCGCCCCCCUCUCUUUCUCUCUCCCUAUCUCUUACUCCUCCUUACACGCUAGCUCGUCCUCUGAUCGCUGAUCUCUCUGUUCGAUGGAGGUUCCCGCUUUGUCCUUCUCUUCCCAGGCGCAAACCCUAUCUCCUUCGUUUGAGCAGUCCUCUCAAAAACUUGAAUCGUAUGAUUCCAGUCCACGGCCUCACCCUCAGCAACAAGUUGCCCAAGUUGACGGUCAAGCCGGGGAAUCUAAUGUUUCCCAGAUCUCCCCACCACCGGAAACCCUAGAUCCUUACCCCCUUCUUCCACCCUCAUCCGAAACCCUACAUACUUUUGAAGACUCUAGCAUCAAGCACGAUCCACAGAGGACGGAUGCCCCUGAGAAGCCUAUUUUCACAGAUACCACCAACCUUCCUAAGGCCUACAGCGGAACCGACAGGGAUUGCUCCGGGGGGGAAGAGGAGACGAGCAGUCGGCGACGACGGCGAAGCCGAUGGGAUACGGAUUCUUCCGAACAGAACGGUGGUGAUGGAUCUGGCACUGGUCGCAAGAGGAAGUCUCGGUGGGCUGAGGACGAGCCUCUUCCUGUAAUCCAACUCCCCGAUUUCAUGAAGGACUUCACUGCUGACCUUGACCCUGAGGUACAAACGCUCAAUAUUCUACUUCUUGAGAUCAAUCGCAAGCUCCAGUCUGUGUUGCCGCUUGAUGAAAUGCCUGAAUGUGCUCGGUCUCCCUCCCCGGAGCCAAUCUAUGAUAACAUGGGCAUCAGGAUUAACACUAGGGAGUAUCGAGCAAGAGAAAAGCUGAUGAAAGAGAGGCAGGAGAUUAUCUCAAAACUGAUUCAGAAGAACCCGGCAUUCCGACCACCUGCAGAUUAUCGGCCUCCCAAGCUUCAUAAAAAGCUGUAUAUCCCUAUGAAGGAAUACCCGGGCUAUAAUUUCAUUGGACUCAUCAUUGGGCCUCGGGGAAACACUCAGAAGAGAAUGGAGAAGGAAACAGGUGCAAAAAUUGUAAUCAGAGGAAAGGGAUCAGUGAAGGAGGGAAGGCUACAGCAGAAGAGAGACAUAAAGCCUGAUCCUUCGGAGAAUGAAGAUCUUCAUGUAUUUGUUGAAGCUGAGACUCAAGAGGCACUUGAUAAGGCUGUGGGCAUGGUGGAGAAACUCCUACAUCCUGUUGAUGAAGGCCUGAAUGAACACAAGCGGCAGCAGCUUAGGGAACUUGCCGCACUCAAUGGGACAAUCAAGGAAGAAGAGUUUUGUAGGCUGUGUGGUGAGCAAGGUCAUAGACAGUAUGCUUGUCCUGCCCGCACAUCUACUUUUAAGAGUGAUGUUCUUUGCAGCAUUUGCGGAGAUGGAGGUCACCCGACCAUUGAUUGCCCGAUGAAAGGAUCUGGAAAAAAAAUGGAUGAUGAGUACCAAAACUUCUUAGCCGAACUCGGUGGCUCUGCACCUCAAUCCUUAACUAAGCAGAGCUCAACAUUGUCUAUUCAAGGUUCAAAUUCUGGAAAUCCUCCUUGGGCUUUUGGUAGCACUGGGGCGAAGAAGGAGUAUGAUGAGACUAAUUUGUAUAUUGGUUACCUACCACCUAACCUUGAUGAUGAUGGCUUGAUUAGAUUAUUUGCUUCUUUUGGUGAUAUUGUAAUGGCUAAGGUCAUUAAGGAUAGAAUUACCGGCCUUAGCAAAGGUUAUGGUUUUGUGAAGUAUGCAGAUAUGUCAAUGGCCAAUCAGGCAAUAGCAAGCAUGCAUGGAUAUCAUUUGGAUGGGAGGACUAUAGCUGUGAGAGUAGCUGGGAAGCCUCCUCAGCCUGCUGUGCCGCCAGGUCCUGCACCUCCGCCACCUGCAUCCAUUUAUCCAACUCAUGAUGGAACAAGUGGUGGGUAUCCAUCACAGCAACCUUAUAUUGCUGGAACUGUGGAAAAUGCUCAGCCCCCUCCCCCAGGAAGUUAUGUUGGUACUUCAGCUCCAUGGGGACCCCCACUUCCCUACCCUUAUGCACCUUAUGCACCGCCGCCGCCACCACCACCACCUGGUUCAAGCAUGUAUUCUCUAGUUCCAGGACAAAGUAUACCUACUUAUGUAGGGCAGUACCCUCCUCUGCCUCCGAUCACUGCGCCUCCUGCACCUCCGGGUUCUAGUGAUUCAACCCUGAAUUCUCUUACCGGGGUUCCAGCUCAGAGUACCACUGCAGCUACCCCACCUGCGUCUGCUCCAGUAUACAGUGCACCAUAUAGCGCUCCACCAUAUGCAACACCUUCAUAUGGUUAUCCAACUUAUUUUAAUCCUGUGCCUCCUGCACCUCCUCUCAAUUAUGACCAUACUCAGAGCGUAGGAAAUGUGCCAUGGGCCUCAAAUCCAAGUGCACCUCAAUCUGAUUCAAGUACGGCCUCAAAUCAGUCAACUUCUCAACCUGCGACUGUGGCAAGUUUUCCUUGGGCCACAAAUCCAGCUUCUUCUCAACUUGCAUCUGCAGAACAAUACACAACUAAUGGUGUGGAUACUGAGUAUGAAAACUUCAUGUCUGGGAUGAAGUGAUGGCAAUUAUUUUACUGUGGUUGUCAUCAUGCAAGGUCAGCUGGUGCUGGAUUUCAAAAUGAAUAGUUCUGCAUUUUGCAAUUUGAACUUCAAUCAAUAUACUUAAUACUCUGUCGUUGACCAUUUAUCUUGGCAGGCUUGGGGUCUUGGUGCUAACGUGAACCUGAAUUGUUUCCUCUUGCUAUGACUUCAGCUAAUUGCAACUUUGGGACUCACUUGUUUAUUAUUAUGGUGAUUGCAGAGAUUGGGUGCUGAUGAGUUAAUUAUUUUUCAUGAUAUUUAUGUAAUUGAUUUUCUGCUACUUAACCAUACUCAUUUACUGUAGGAUGUGAAUGACUAGCCUUGUGGAGUCAUCGAUCUAUGAUCAGAUGCUGUUCUAUUCUAUUCUGGCUUGUCAAUUUUUAUCAACUGACAGUUUUUUGUUAUUUAUUCUUGUCUAGAACAAGCUGUUUUAGUUUACAUUUUUAUGCCCCUUCAUCUUUUUCUAAUAUAUGUUUGGCUUUGUUUUUUUUAUUUAACCUCAAAUUUUGCCCUCUGACCCUCACCUCUGAUUGUUGUUUGGUGACAUCAGCAUGGGGGCUACUAGCAUUCUUUUGAUGGCAUGGAUGAGACAGGUUUUUUAUGUAAUAUUUAUGUUGCAUCUACUUGAAUAUUGUUUGGCUUCUGUUAGCUAAUUAUUGUGUCUAACUUGCUUUCCAAGAUUUUCUUUGGCAGGUUGGACAAAUGCAUAAGCUGGUUACUUAUGCAUGUAUUUGUGGGCAUGCAGAUUGUUUAUUUCCUUUCUUUCAGCUUUUCAUAGGAAUUUUUUUUAUUGAUUUGAUGAUAUCUUUUUCUUUCACUCUUUAAUUUGUUAGUUAUGUUAUUUUCCUUCUUUUCUUGUGAUUGUUGUCUUUUGAAGUGUCUGUUUUGAUUAAAUUUGCUUACUUUACCCCAUUCCCUCAGUAUUAUCACAUUAUUUUCUCUCCUACCUUUCAUUCCCUAACAACUACUACUUAUUUUUGUAUUUUUUAUCGUACCAUCAUUUCCCUUCACCAGAGAAAGCAACAUCAGCAUCAACCUCAUAACGGUUUAUACCAAAAGAUCAUUAUUAAUUGUACAAUAGAUAUUUAACAAUCAAAAUGAAGAGUGUUUAAGUCUUUCAUAAAAUUUUUUGCAUGUAAAGCUUCUCCUUUUAGGUUCUUAUGCCAUUGAAAUACAUUUUUUCCAAAUCUUUCGAGGACUUAUUUGUUUUUACAUACUGUUCUUUCCAUUUGGAAGCACUACUGAUUCAUUUUCUUGUUCUUAAUAACUUGACUUGUGAAAUCUCUGUUACGAAGAUUGAUAAGCUUGGCCAAGGUACGACAUUGGGUUACUAUGUUCAUAGCAGCUUCACAUCAGGUUGUGGUCCAUCAGCAGGGACUUACAGCUCAUGCUAGGAUCUCCGGAUGUAUUCUCCUAUUUCUCUCUCUUUGUUUUAAUCAUACUACGAUUAUCGGUGCAGAUGCACAUUGGUGAGGAGAGUUUUGAGGUGUAUUGUUUCGUAUGUAUUUAGGAUUUCCAUUGUACCUAUUUGAGAAAUCUAUCGACUUUAGGUAGAAUUUUAGAGUUUCCUGAGGAGAAUACAGCAAAAUUAGUGUGCAGAUUACUAGGUUGAAUGAGUAGUCUGUAAAAACAAGUGCUUCAGAUUGUAGUCUUUUACUUGGAAUGUCUCAUUUUUAUGCCCUUA